AUGGCGAAGGGCCAGCUGUCUCCGGCUGGCAAAAUUCUCAGAGAACCGUCGACUCCAAGAAGUACGAAUGUCAACAUCCCCACCAGCGACCCCAUGGAUCUGGAUGCGCUAGAUGCGAGGCAUGCGGGGUUGCAUUCCGAUGUUCCUUUGUACCAUGAUGCGGCUUCGGAAGGUCUUGAAGCUACACGUAGCGACAUGCACACUCAACCUGCUGCUGGACCAUCAUCGGGCGGCUUUACUCUACUCUCAAGACAGCUCAGGACUCCCCGUCUGAGUCGAUCGUCCAGCACGAAUGAUAACACGCCUAGGGUUGUCGCACCGAGGGUAUUAUCCCAAGCACCAGAAAUCAGCGGGGACAGCGAUGAGCAAGACUCAUCAUUCUCGCAACAUGCGGAAGAAUAUCUUUCGCCAGCUUGUGCCAAGUCAGAAACUUUAUUUGACAGACAUGUCCAGAUCAUCAGAGCCGCCGAGGAUCUGAUUGACGAAAUGAAACACGAGUUGAUUUUGAUGUCUACUGAAACACCCGACAUGACCAGAGAACAACGCCAACUACUCUUUGUCAAGGCUAGACGGCAGCGGGAAUGGAUCUUUUCGCAUGAACUUUACCUGGCUCUGGUGAAAGUGACUAUCGAUAUGACCAAGACCGUGUACGGAGUCGAGGGAGACGAUCCUCAACAGGUUCUAGAGCAGCCUCGACGGAGAAUCGUACGAGGAUGGCUCACCGAGUCUAUCAGACGUCUUCCUAUACCUCCGGAGUUGAAGGACCCUGUUGUGAUUGACCCCGAAGCAGAAAACAUGUUCCAACAAAUUUCACACUUCUUCCUUGUCAGUGUUAUUGAGACAAAUCUGGACACGGUAUUCAAGGGACGAUCUCUGCCUAGCGACACGGAAAUAACCAAAAUGUUUCUCAGGAACAACCCAGAAAAAGCUGAGGACUGGUCUGACGAUAUUGGUCCAUGUUUGAGAAAGAAGAUUGACCUGGAAGAUGCAACUUCUUAUUUCGUCGAGGAUGUGCUCAAUCGUCUUCAAGCAAGGACCGGUCCAAUUAUCCCAGCGUUGGAGCAGAGUGUGAACACAAACGCAAACGCAAAAACCAUCGAAUCGGACGGUGAACGAUCGAGCUCGCCAUUUGCAUAUGAGCAAUCGGCAGAGCAGGGAGACACUCUGUCAAGCUCUUGCGAAUGGUCAAUCCAAAGUCCAAGCCAACGUGUAUACGACCCAUCAUUUUUGGUAUCAGAGGAGCCUUCGCUUCCAGAAUAUCAACAUGACGAGCGGCAUCGCUCCGACUUGGAACAUGGACACGAAUUCGAAGGACUAGAUAUGGGAACAAUGGCUUCGACAUUCCUGGACAACGACAGCCUCCAGUAUUCAAAUCAUCAACGACGAACACGACUCGCACAACAGGAUCGUGCAGGCUUUGAAGAAGCUACCGAGCAUUUUGACUUGAUGGAUGACGACGACGACACUGUCUUGCAAGGUACACCGCAUCCUGAAGCGACAAUGGAUGAACACGGAGUCGAGAACGGAGAACAACAUCAGAAAUCAAUUUCUCAACCGAACUUCAGCAGUCUCACAAGACAAGGAACCCAUGAAGUUAUGGAAAGCCGUGAGCCAGUAUGCGAAGACUCCCAGAUGGAUUGCCCAGUCGAUCACUCCCACGAGCCAGCAGUACAGGCAUUGCCGCGCCCAGAUCAGCUUUCUGCACAAAAGCGUUUGGCGAAGCAACGAGUUGCUGCAAUGUCAGCCGAAGACUGGGAAGAACUGCGUAACCGUAGAUUGCCCAGCAGUGACCAACUGUCUGACUCGAGGUUCCUAUCUAUGUCACCACCACCCGCAAUAGCCUCUAAUCUGCGCCUUCCACUCGCUUUUGAACCCAGCCAGGCACUCUCCCUCGAGCGAGAUACCCUGGCAGAUGACCAGCCUCCAACAUCAUUCGAAGCACAUGUAGCGACUGAAGAUCAACCUUCGGCAUCCGCGCCACAGACAGCAACAAACGAUCAGCCUCCGAUUUUCGAUGAAGAUGGUCAUGCCGUUGAUAUCACAAUGGAGGAUGUGCCAGACCUUCCUGAAGGUCAAUUAGCGCAGCCCGCAAGCUCUCAAGCCACCGUCCGAGCAAAAUCGCGGAAAAGCGAACCUAUCAUUCUCAUCUCCUCACAGAGUAGUUCUAUCUUCCCUAGCGCCAUCAUGCAAGACGCGGACUUUAUCACCGAUGAUGAAGAUGACGAGAUGUACACGAGCAUACACCCCAUGCUCGCUGUAGCGUCCCAAAGGUCUGCGGCUCAAACACCCUCAUCGAGCACCCCCGCGUCAAGCGCAUCAGCCAGCAGAACGCCAAAGCUCAAGCUCCCACCUCAUCUGGCACCUUCUCGCAGAGCAGCACAUCGCAAAUCACUGGACCCGUCGUCUGCGAUCCCAACGGCAGAAGAGAGGUUAGAACACAGUCAAGAAGAGUAUCCACUUAUCGAUAUUGUUGACGAGAAAGUCGUUGGUGGUGUGCUCAAGUACAGGAUCAAGUGGCAACCCAUCAACGGUAGAGCAUUUGAGGAUACCUGGGAGCCAGCGGACAAUGCCAAUGAGGAGGCUGUAAGAGAUUGGGAGCUGAUCAAAGAGCGGCAGAAGGAAGCGAAAGCGAAAGCGAAGAAGCCCAGGUGA